CCGGGCCGCUCCCGCCAUGCGGCUCUGGGUGCUCCUCAGCCUGCUGCUGCUGCAGGAAGCGCUGCCACACGUUAUUGGACAGCCUGCAAAGAGUAAGCGUCCCAAAGAACCUGGAGAAAACAAAAUUAAGCCUGUUAACAAGAAAGUAAAACCCAAGAAUCCCAAAAUGAAGGAGAGAGAGUCUGUGGAUUCCUCUUUGAAGUCCCAGUCCAUCCUGACACAGGUGAUGGAUAAAGGUCAUUUUCAGAAACUAGCUGCCACCUUAAGCCUGGCUGCAGGACAGAGCAUAGAGCUGCGAUGUAAGGGGAGUAAUGUUACUUGGAACUAUCCUUCUUAUUUAGACACCUUUAAAGACUCCAGACUCAGCAUAAAGCAGCUUGACAGGUACAGUCAGCUGAUCCUUGCAAACUCCACUGCAGCAGAUACAGGUGAGUACAGCUGCUGGCUUCAGCUGUGCAAUGGUAACAAAUGCAGGAAGGAUGAGACUAAAACAGGGUCAACAUACAUCUUUUUCACAGACAAAGAGGAGCUUUUUGUACCUACUCCCAGUUAUUUUGAGAUUGUGUACCUGAACCCAGAUAAACCUGCAGUCAUCCCAUGCCGUGUUACUACUCCUUCAGCAAAAGUGACUCUUCACAGGGAAUUUCCAGCAGAAGAAAUUGAAACAGAUGGAACUGAUAUUUUUUAUGAUGCAAAGAAGGGUUUUGUCUUCCAGCACCCUACUUCUGAUCAUAAAGGUAUUGUCUACUGCAAAGCAGAGUCACAGGGAGCACCUCAGAUUUCCAUCAAAUAUCACCUACUAUAUGUGGAAGUCCCCAAGGGCCCACCCUCAGCCACAAUUGCGGUGUCAUCCAGUAGAGCUGGACUCGGUGACAGAGUUCAUGUUGUCUGCACAGUCCUUGGGGAGCCAGAUGUGGAUGUGAACUUCAGGUGGCAGUAUCCAGGGCAAGAGUCCGGGAGGCCUGUGAUUAUUCAAAACUUCUGGAGAUUGAUAAAGAGAGGAAUUGGCCAUACUACAAGACUCUCAAAGAGUGUUCUUCUUGUGGAGGAUUUUGAAGACACAGAUGUGGGAAACUAUAUUUGUAUAACUCGGAACCUACAAGGAGAAACAACAGUAACUACCAAAGUUGAACUGAAGUGAUAGAAAAGACUUCUGGUUAUGGACUGACCUGUACGUUAUUUGACAUUAUAGCCAUUAGUUUUCUUCAUUAAUGUUUAAAUGUAGCUUCUCUCUCACUGUUUCUUUUAUAUGUCAAUGCAUUUUGUGUUGAUGAGCUUGACAGGCCACAACAGUGUCCUGUCAAGCAGUAGUGAGUUAAUGAAACUACGAUGAAGCAUUAAAGUGUAAGUCUGAACAUGCCUAGGGUGUGUGCAUAUUUAGAAACAGGUGCUCUUUGGGCUUUGCAUAUAGUCCUUCCCUCAGACUCUUGCAUGAGGUCAAGUCCACACUGUGUGGAACGUGCAAUUUUAAAUUUGAGUACUGUACAUGUUUAAAACAACAACAAAAAGGCAAACUAAAAAAGCCUUGUAACAAAGUUAGCCAAUAGCAGUUGUUUAUUUUGCAAGAAUAAUUAAAUUUCUGAAUGUUAUGAAAACA